AUGUGGUCGGGUCUUAAGUUUGUCCACUCGAUUGUUUGGGCAGGCGUAAGGCUAUCUAAUCAAUUGAAACUCAGUCACGGAGGAGAGGGGAAUGUCGCUCAGAAUGCGAAAUGCGAGUCAGAUGAUUUGUCGUGCGGGCCGGCCAGGAACGUUGAAAGUAGAGAUGUGCGAGCAGCAGGCAAUGGAGAGCAAGGAUAUGAAGACAGAGAGACAAUGCCACUGAUGAUAAUCAAUAACAAUAGGACAGCGGCGGUCGAAAAGCUCGAUGCAGCAGAUCUGUGCGUGGUCCUG